GGGGUGCUAGGAUUACAGGUGUGGGCUACCACGCCCUGUGCCCUUACCUCUUUAAAGAUGAUUUAACUGCUUCUCCGCUGUUGAAUCAUUAACAUUUUCCCGAGAUAAAAAGCUUUCCUGUAAAUCUGGAGGAUAUGGGUUUUGCCCAUUCCAUUGAAUUAGAUGACCAUAAAAAAAUGUUUGCCCCAAGGUGAUGGCGGAGGGUCACCUUUUCCUCUCGGGUACAUCUGCAGGCUCACCUGGGUGCUGAGCACUUUAAAAUAGGGCACUAACUUAAAGAAUGUUGGCAAGGACUCUUCCAAAUAUAGAAAAUCUUAAAUGUAAAUUCUAGUGGGAAUCUUCAUGUGAGCUUUUCCAGUUACAUUUGUUUUAAGCAGACUGCUGUCUCUGAGGUAUGAGUGAUACAUCCAAAUACAGAUUGAAAGGGAAGAGUGAACACUGCAGUUUAAUUCAGCUUAACAUUUUGUUUAAUCAGUGUGACUUUAGGGGGUGUUAUUAACAUUUUUGAGAUUCCUGGGAAGCUGUGAUCUCUCUAGCCACAGUGUACCUGUGGUACCUCCUUCCAUCGAAAACUGACGUCCAAUUUCAAGGAGUUUAGGAAACGUUUCCGUGCCCCAGUGUCUAGGAAUCCUGCGGUUUACUUAGUUGGUUGAGGCUUGUUUUAAUGUUUUUUCUUAGUGGAAGAACCAGCGUCAGUUUGGUCAGUAGGGACCAUGCCAUGCACACUGUUACAGUAGAAGUAGUUCAUAGACCACUAAAACCAGGAAGAGUGCUGUGUUUUCCUGUGACUAGAACGUCUACUCAGCCAUUCCACGAGUAUGUUCCGACCUCCAGGCGCCUGCCAGCCUUUGCCCUGGGCCCCUGGAUGUCCCCAGAGAAUGCCACCGAGAAGCUCCUGCUCCAGAGGCACUCGGUUCUGGACUUGUUGCAAGUCCGUGUUUUCGUGCUGUGUGCCAGGGCCGGGCAUAGGGACCCUAAAGGCCCAGCCCCUCCUCUCGUGUGCCCAGCCUCCAGAGGUAGUCUGCAGGAAAUUCGGAAUGAGUCCCAUGACUAUCCUCAUAGAGUGGCCAAGUUUCCAGAAAACAGAAAUCGAAACAGAUACAGAGAUGUGAGCCCAUAUGACCACAGCCGUGUUAAACUGCAAAAUAUUGAAAAUGAUUACAUUAAUGCCAGCUUAGUUCACAUGGAAGAGGCACAAAGGAGUUAUGUCCUAACACAGGGUCCACUUCCUAAUACCUGCUGCCAUUUCUGGCUCAUGGUCUGGCAGCAGAAGUCCAAAGCAGUUGUCAUGCUAAACCGAGUUGUGGAGAAAGAAUCGGUUAAAUGUGCACAGUACUGGCCAACAGAUGACCGAGAGAUGGUGUUCAAAGAAACAGGAUUCAGAGUGAAGCUCUUAUCAGAAGACGUGAAGUCAUAUUAUACAGUACAUCUGCUACAGUUAGAAAAUAUCAGUAGUGGUGAAACCAGAACAAUAUCUCACUUUCAUUAUACUACCUGGCCAGAUUUUGGAGUCCCCGAAUCACCAGCUUCGUUUCUCAAUUUCUUGUUUAAAGUGAGAGCGUCUGGCUCCUUGGACCCUGAGCAUGGGCCUGCGGUCGUGCACUGCAGCGCCGGCAUUGGGCGGUCCGGCACCUUCUCCCUAGUGGACACCUGCCUUCUUCUGAUGGAAAAAGGAGAUGAUAUUAACAUUAAACAAGUAUUACUAAAUAUGCGAAAAUAUCGAAUGGGACUUAUUCAGACUCCAGAUCAACUCAGAUUCUCUUACAUGGCCAUAAUAGAAGGAGCAAAAUGUAUAAAGGGAGAUUCAAAUAUACAGAAACGGUGGAAAGAGCUUUCUGAGGAAGACUUAUCUCCUGCUUCGGAUCAUUCACCGACCAGAGGCGUGACUGAGAAGUACAAUGGGAACAGAAUCUGUCCUGAGGGAGAGAAGCUGCCGGGGGAGCGGUGUGCGGGGCUGUCCUCCAAGAUACAGGACUCUGUGGAGGAGAGCAGAGAGAGUGUUGUACGGAAACGCAUUCGAGAGGACAGGAAGGCCGCCACUGCUCAGAAGGUGCAGCGGAUGAAACAGAGGCUAAAUGAGACUGAACGAAAAAGAAAAAGGUGGUUAUAUUGGCAACCUAUUCUCACUAAGAUCGGGGUUCUGUCAGUCGUUUUGGUUGGCGCUUUGGUUAGCUGGACACUGUUCUUUCAGCAACAUGUCCUGUAAAUGAGCCAUGCUGCCCACACGCUUCUGCACUAGCAGCCAGCCCCACUGCGCUGAUCACGGGGGCUCUUCUGUUAGCAGCAGGCGCUGACCCCCAAACCCAAGUGGUGCGGUCCACGCGACCUCACCAGACAGCCCGAUACCUCAGGACUCACCACUGCAGGUUCCUCCGAAAGCCAAACUGUAAAUUGCUGUCUCAAAGACAUUCGUGUUUCUUAAAACUGGUACCCUUCGCAGCUGUAUUCACACAUGUCCAGCGUGAUACUUCACCUGACCAACCUGAAAAGUCCUUUAUCGAAAAGGGCUUGUUUGUGAAGGCUAUCUGGAUCUUAACCUGCAUUUGAUAUAAGCAAUAAAUAUUGUGGUUUUAUCUAUGUUAUUAAUGGAAAGAAAAUGACCUUUAAAUGUGUGUAAUGUAUAAUGUACUGUUGACAUGGGCAUCAACACUUUAUAUACAUAACCAUUUCAGGGUAAAUAUAUUUUAUAAGUACUUAUUUAAUCUUACUUUUGUAGUUAAAUGUACUUUUUGAAAGCUCAAUUUGAAAAUCUGUUACCAUAAGAAAAUAAAUUGUAUGUUGACUCAAUUGUAAUGGAUACAUUUUCCCUUUUCCUAGGAAAGUUUGGUAUGAGCAGGUAUACCUCUGAAUAAGCAAUUUCUACUACAUACUUGGGUUUCCUGUACGUUUUACAGUUUUCCCUAUUUUUAAAAGCGAAACAAAAUUUUCCUGAAAGUAUCUUUGAAGGGAGAUUCUCUUUGCUGGGCUAGUCAGGUCACAGUCUGUGAAGACUGUAAAGAAGCUGGUUUCUGUAAAGCACACGACUAAUACUGUUCACUUUUGGAGAGUUUUAAUGUAAUGACCCUAAUUUAUAACUGGGGUAAAUCAUGACUUAGGAAGUAAAAAGCAGCAUUUUAUGAUCUGUGAUUUCAGGUCACCAGACUGAAGCUUUGAAGUGAAAAAUUUCAAGUUCUUUCUACUUCAAUAAAUAGUACGAUGAUGUGCGAACUUGA